UUUUUCUGUUGUUAGUUGAGCUUUAUCAAAAGUAGGACAUGUCUGCAAAAAUUACAGAUAUAAUAUUGAUAUUUAUUGUUAUUCAAAUAUAACUGUUAAAGUUGAAGAUAAGUCAGAGAGUUCGAGGAUAGAAUCUUAUUAUUCAUUGUAAAUUGUCUUUCUCCGGUAAGGUAACACCAUGUAGUAUUGAAGCCUAUAUCGGUGGCAACCAUGUUCCUUAGUUUGAGAAGUAUAGUCGAUGAAAUUGCCACUGGACACUGCACAGAAAUUGAUAUUUGGGACAAAUUGGUACAUUAUUUUACUGAAUAUUGGGAUGGAGAUGAACACAUAUUUCAGCAGGUUUUAAACUUGUCUAGGCGACAGUUAGGGGAACAAACUCAAAGCGUCACUGACACUGCAGCAUUCUUUACAGCUUUGGAAAACAACUUCAGUGACAAGAAUGAUUUGUUGGAAUUCUUAAUAAAUCUUACUGGGUACUUAAAUUACCAUACAGAGCUAGGAUCAGUCAAUGUAAAACAACACUUAAAAGAUUGUAGAGAGAACAUAAGACGGGUUAAACGAGAAUGUAUAAGGAGAGGAAUUUUCAGGGACAACAAUUUUGUUGGUAGAGAAGUUCAAAUAGCUAAGAUUAAAGAUGAAAUUGAGAAAGGAAACACUAAAGGAAUACUUGUUUGUGGAUUGGGAGGAAUGGGAAAAACCUGUCUCGUCAAUACAGUUUGUUAUGAACUACGAAGUGACAAAUGGAAAACCAUUAAAUUUGAACUAAGGGAACAAAGAAGCUAUAGACAUUUCCUCCGCACAACUAUAAACAAAUUCAGAGAGUUACGGGGGUCUAGUUCAGGCAAAGAUUCAAACAUAGUGAAUGUGGAAGAAAAUGAUGUUCAAGAUGAGAUACUAGUUGAAGAAAAUAUUCUACAACAGAAACUUUUAGAUUAUUUCCGGAAACAGCUGGGAAAUGGGGACACUGUGAGCAAAAAACAAAUAUUAAUGUUUGAUAACAUUGACGAUGUAACCACGAAUCCUGACGAGAAGACAAAGCUUUUAGCAUUUUUCAAAACUCUACUCGAGAUGAUGCAAAGCAGGAAAAAAUGCAUGAUGAGAAUGAUUAUUACUUCUCGGGAUAAUUUUCUGAUGACAACUGGGCAAGAUAUGGUACAUAGUCUGGUCAAAGUUGAAGUAACACGUUUGGAUAGAGAAGACGCAAAUAACCUAGUGAGAAUGAGUACAAAACAGUCCAACCUUGAGAUAAAGCAAAUUAACUUCAUUGUUCGAGUCUGUGAAGCUUGUCCACUGGCGCUUCGAGUUAUAUGUGAUGCAAUCAAUAAUGCCCCCAACAUUGACAAUCUGAUAAAAUUUCUAGAAAUAAGAACAGAAUCACUUUCAACAUCUGUUUUAAGUAUGACCGAUUGUUUGAAUCAACCGUUUAAAAAUCUUGGUGACCACAAGUAUACUCUUUGUAAGUUGUCAUUGUUCGGUACGUCCAAAUUUAGCCUUAGAUCAGCAGCCAUUAUUGACCGAAAUGAACAGGACAUAGAUAAAAGAAAUGAAUCUGAAAGUCUUGGUGAUUUAAAGAUAACUCUUCUACUUUUUAAAAGUCGACAUCUUAUUGAAAUUGAAAAUGAAGUGGAGGACGAAAAUUGUACAGAAAAGUUGCAAAACGAGUCUGAAGUCUUAAUUGCUGACCAAGAAAUAUUUUCACUUCAUCCGUUAGUAUACAAGUUUUUACAAGAAAAAGAGCAUGAAUCAGAUGUAGCACAAGCAUUGGAAAAGGCGAAAUAUAAUUACUUAAUACUUUUUGAUGAGCUUGUUAUGAACAUUGGUCAAGAGUAUGAUAUAAAUGUAUUAACUGCAAGAGAAAAAUCUGAAAAGUUGAAAGUACACAUUGCAAAAUAUAUACAGCUUAUGGAAAGUUACGAGAAUAUAUCGAAUCUUCCAAAUAUGCAAGGUUUAACAUCAACUGAGGAUACAAAACACAGAAACAAUGUUGCUCUGAUGAUCCUUAAACCGGAGCAACACCUUUCUUUUAUUCAGCAGAUGAGCUGCAAGAACUGGUCUUAUCCUUUGAUAAAGGUUUCAUGGGAGGCAGAAUACGUGACAGCUAUGAUUAGAUAUGACCAACCAGAUAUUAACAUUGACAACAUAUGCAGCGAUAUACUUAAUACGAUUAAUAAUAUUUGCAGUAACGACUUGAGUGAUACGGAGAAGUGGCAACUUCUUAUCUUGCAUGGUAGAAUGCUUUACAAUUGUGGUCGUCUUAAAAUGGAAACUGACUCGAAAGAGUCUGAGAUGUAUUUUAAUCAAGCGGAACAUAUUUUUAAACAUAAAGAGUUGCGACAUAAGCAAGAGCGUAAGAAAUACUUAGCAGAUAUUUACAACUGCUUAGGAUGUGUAUAUUAUCGACUGUAUGAGACUGAAAAGGCUAUAAAUUUCCACAAGAAGGCUCUCGACAGUCAAAAUAAAAGUCACAGUCAAAAUGAAAAUACUCUUGCAUUCCUUGCAAACAUUGGGGCUUGUCAUUUUCGACUUGGAAUACAACACUUGCGAGAUAAAGAAAAAGAAAAAUGUGAACAGGAGAUGAAAAAGGCACUAACGUUUUAUAAUGAUAGUAUAACAGUAGCCGAAGCAUUGAAAAUGGACAGAACUGAUAUUUACUUGAAGAAAUUGAAGAACAGGGGAGAUGUUCUGACUAUGCUUCAUCAAUAUAAAGAGGCAAAGAAAGACUAUCAAGAGUGCUUGGACAUAGUUAAGACAUUGUAUGUUUCACCAAGUCGUAAGGAAAUACUCUCUCUUCACGCUCAAGGAGAUUUGAUCCGAAAGAUGAUUGCAAGUAAAACUAGAGGUUCUUUUUCGAGUGACGUAAUGGACGAAGAAAGAAAUCAAGAAGAAAGGUACAGCCUGGUGGACGAGGGUUUAGAAAUAUAUGAAAAAUUAAAGAACAUGUUAAACAGUGAAAUUUUCCCAGGCGACCACGAAUCAUUUAACAAAAUAAAGAAGAAUCAUUUAUAUUUCUUGAAACAGCAACAUGAGGCUUCAAAAUUCGAAGACACAGAAAAAUUUUACUCGGCGUACCUGACAAGAGGUCUAGAUGAUGAUACAGAUUCAUCUAUGUCGACAAAAAGCAGCAGCACAGAUUCGGGUGAGGGUAGUGGAGAUGAAACUGAACCUGAACACAAUUCACACAGUCGAGGUUCAAGUAUAUCACCCCGGCAUUCAGAAAUAGAAGACGAAGGAGCAAGCAAUGAAAUUAAUAUUCACGGUAAUAUAGUUGACCAAACCAGCUGGAUGAUAAAAAAGAAACAAGAAUUCAAAUUGCCUUUACGAGUACCUGCAAAAAGAAGUGCUGAUGAAAUAAAUCGGUCUCCACAGAAAAGAACAUGUCGUCGCGCGUCAAGUUCUAGUUCAGGUGUCUCAAGUAUGGGAAGUUGUACACCAGACGUAGAAAAGGCUAGUUUAGGACAAUUCAGAGAAUCUCUUCAAUCAAGUCACGGGAGUUCAUUCGAAGAUGAUGUAUUUCCAAAAACAAAAACAGAGAACAGUGACAGAAAAGAAGCAAAAACAGAUCCUGGAUGGGUUGAACGAAGAUCUACAUUAUUGUCAUUCGGCUCUGGUUCGUUGGAAGAAAGUACAGUGGUUGAUGAAGAAGUUGUACCAAAAAAAAAGAAACGGGAAUUAGAAACAACAGCAUUUGGUACACCAGCUACUUUUGAUGAAACCUUGUCCUCUGCAAAAUCUUUGAAGAAGCAAAAAUCGGAAGAUUGGAUGAUAAAAGAAAAAUUGUCUCCAUUUUUUGUAGACAGACGGAAAGACAGUAGUUCCCAGACAGAUUCAAGAAAUAUAGAUAACAUAGUUGAUGAAUUAGAAGAUUUGAUUCACUCUGUGCAGCCAAGAAUGAGAUCUCUAAUUAGAGAUAUAGAUUCACGAAAAGCACGACUAAUUGAUGACAUAAAUGGAAGACCGACUAUUCAGUACAAAGACGAAGGUUUCUUUGACGAUACUGGUUCAUAAAAUCAGGUUGUGGAAGAUAGAAAAUGGAAAACUAUCGUCAAUUUACGAAAUUAUGAUCGGUAUGAAAUGUUUUGAUAUUAUUUAAACGAAUUGUAUUUUUUGUGUUAUUUAUUAUUUACUAGAGAAUUGUUGAAAUCUAUCGUUCAUCAGAAUGUUAAAUUUUUUAAAAUUGUAAAAUUCACACACACUGUUCUGGAAUGUAUUCUAGUCACGUCAAUGGCUGCUAUAAGUUAAGACGCUGUAUGCAUAUGCUUACAGACUCAACAAAAAUGUGUGUUCGAAACAAAUACAUUAUUUUUCUAGCAAAUGUUUUGAUUUAAUAUGACAUGACUACAUUCCAGAACAGUGUGUGUGAAUUUUACAAACGAAGAUGUUGAACAAUUGCAAUUGAUUAUAAUUUUUAUAUAUAUUUACAUCAUCAAAGAUAUUAUAAAUGUUUUACAUUUUAGAAAUGAUCUCCGCAAAACGAUUUAUAUUACCUUUUUUUUUAUCCCCUUGUUUAUUACUUGAAUUUCGUUUUUUUUUUAAUCUCCACAAAAACUGUGUACAAAUAUUUAUACACAUAUAUUUUAAGUGCUGUUAAAGAGAAUGUCACAAAUACUCAUUUUUGAUAUAUUUUAAUAUAGUGACAAUGUUUUGUUAUAAGUAAAUAUAUGUGUAGGACACAAGGUAUGGUGGUAUGUCACCCUUAAAAUGCGAUGGUUAUGGUUUGGUAGACUGUUUGUGAUUUUUAUCACUAAAGUGUGACUCGCUGAAAUUUGAUACUGUCUUCCAGCUAUCACAUUGGGAAAAAAUUUAUAUAACUAUAUAUGUCUAUGCAAACUUCAGUACGAUCAAAAAGUAAAAUCACAAAAAUACUGAACUCCGAGGAAAAUUCAAAAAGGAAAGUCUCCAAUCAAAUGACAAAAUCAAAAGUUCAAACACAUCAAACGAAUGGAUAACAACUGUCAUAUUCCUGACUUGGUACAAGCAUUUUCUUAUGUAGAAAAUGGUGGAUUGAACCUGGUUUUAAAGCUAGCUAAACCUCUCACUUGUAUGACAGUCGCAUCAAAUUCCAUUACAUUUACAACGAUGCGUGAACAAAACAAACAUACACAAAGGUAAAAAUGUCAAAAAUAGGGGUACAGCAGUCAACAUUGUGUUAUCAUCUUAAUCACUAUAAAAACAAACAAAUGUAACGAAGACGCACAAAAAGGCAUACAUCAAAUUUAACAUCCUCAUUUUGCUUAUAUUAUACGAUUUUAUUUAUCUAUGUAAAAUCAACCCAUAAAGGAUGGAAGGUUUUAAGUACUGGCGUAAAAUCGCGCGUUUGAAAUUCGCACAGGUAGACAUAAAAUAAUUUUGUCGUUCAAAGUAUGACGGGAUAAUCAUUAAAUAAACAUAACAAAGGAAAAUCAAAGUCUACAAUGGCAGACCAUCCACAUCAUAACUCUUUAAAAUAAUUAAACAAACUGUCACAAAAAUUAUACUUUAUUACAUGUGAAUCAUGUUAACUUUUUAAUAUAAUGAUAUAUUUAUAGAAUCAUGUCUGUUAUUAAAGACGUUAUGUUGACCUCCAGAUGUCUUUUGGUUAUUUCUGUUGCUGUCUCAUUGACGCAUACCCCACAUGUUGUAUUUUUGAUAGUACCGGCAGACAAACCAAGUUAUGUAUAUUAAAAAUAAGUCAAAUCACUGUCACAAACAUGGACUUUAUUUCAUGUGAAUCAAGUGAAUUUAAAAUAAAACGCACAUUUUGUGUAGUGGCUUUGUGCAUUGACAGUGACCGUCACAUACAUACCUGUUUGUAUGCUGUGGAAAAUUAAAUCCUAAAUUUGUUAUUGAUUUUAAAAAUAUUUUAUGGAAUUUCGAUUCAUUCCACCAUCUUUUUGUCAGCUAUUGUACGUUUAUAGAAAAUCAAAAGGUUUACUUCAGACAAAUUAAUUGACCCUAAAUGACAACGUAAACAAUCCAUGUAAAUUGUUCUUGAUUGGGGUCAUUUGUUUUGCAAUCAAUGAAUAUUCCUUCUCCAAAAAAACGCUUACAUCAUCCUCAUCAUUUUUCUUUGCCGCAACGAUCGGAAGUUAAGGUCCCACUGCAAUUACGUUGCUAAGGCCCUUUCUUUUGCAUACCAUCGGUGACGUGUUGGCUAUUGAACAGUAUAACCAUCGUACUUCAGCAUAUAUAACGAUCUUACUUUAACUCAUACCAUCUUUCUUCUGUUUGACCAUCGCAUUUAAGCAAUUACCAUAGCACUUUGGAGUCCUACAUAUGCGGUGUUAUUGUUACAGAUAUUGUAAAAUAAUAUAAAAACAAACUUGCCAUUACAUGUGUACUAUUCCGAUUUCUAUAAGAGAUUGGCAACUUUAUUAAUGUUUUUAUAACACAUGUGUGUAAUCAUUUUUUCAAAUAAGGUUUAAAAUUUUUGAAAAUUGUUAUCUUUUUUUCUUUUAAAAAACCAUCGUCUGAUUCUAUAAUUCUAGAAAAUAUACGUCCUUUGGAAACGAUUUCAUCAGGAAAUUAUUACAGUUAAAGGUAAAACAUUAACAAUUUAACAACUUUUAACGAGUUGAUGACAAUAUUUACAAUAAAUUACUUUUUUCUCAUUUCAACAAUUCUUCAGUCUGACAAAAUAGUAAAAUUUCUUUCUUAUAAUAUUUAAAAUCUAUUAGUGAUACAAAGGUUUUAGUCUAUAAAAAUUGUGAUUAAAUUAAAUUGAAAUAUUAUCUGCCUGCAACUAAAAGAUCUCAAAAUUAUAAUAAAAAAAACACAUUGUCACGUAUUUAAUGGUGUAUUCCCCCCCCCCCCCCCCCAUUCAUGUUUCAUAAGUUGAGAAUCGUAUAUCUUAAGAGUAUUUUUAAAAGCAGCGAGUAGUAGUUUGUUUUUUUUUAACUUGUGUAUUUUAUUCCGCCGAUGUUCUAUGAUGAAAUUUUUUUUUUAUAGUUUUAAACAAACUAUUGAUUCACAUCGAUAAAUUAAAUAAAUAUGUAAUGUAGUGGGAAAAUGUUGUUAUUGACAUCACUGUUUGCGAGUUACAUUUGAUUUUAUUAAGAACGGAUAUUUAUUUAGUAAGAAAUGACAGACACAUAUAAUGUAUAAGUAAUAAAAAACCCAAUAUCUUAAAUAUAUUAAAUUCUUUUUUUUUAAAAUAUCAUGCAUAUCAUUUGAAAAUAGACAAUUCCUGUCAUCUAAUAACGUGUGCAAUGAAUGUAUUCAUUUUCAAAUUUUGGAUGUUCUUUAGAUAAACCAAAAAAAUCUUUACUAAAGAUUAUCAUCAUCAUACAUAUAAUACAUAUACUAUCUGAUAAUUAUUUUAAUGAACACAUUGAACACUUAAAACUUAAGUAGUGAUAAAAAAAAAGACUGCAAAGUGUUGACCUUUUCAUCCAUGAUUGAAACAAAUCAUUCUGCAUCUAUAUAAUUAUAUCAACUGUCUCUAUAGAAAUAUUAUAAAUGAAUGGUUUGACAUUAACUAGGUUAUUUGUCAAGUUCAGAUCUCAUAGACAAACAAAGUUUUACCUGGGUCCAUAAUGAUUUUUUGAAUAUAUUUGAUGGAUUUUUCUCAUGAUUUGGUUUUGUAAUUUUACAUUGCAAAUAAUACUGUGACAUUGUAAUGUUAUUUGGUAUGGUAUUUUUAUGAAUGAAAUAUUUGACGAAUCAAUAACUUUUUGAUGAAACAUUAAUUUUUAUUUUUAUUUCGAUUUAAGGUGGAUCAUUGGUAAAUAUUUCCUCAGAUAGAAUUUUCUUAUACUUUGUCAGAAUGUAGCUUUUUCCAUGCUUUUUCAAAAAUAUAAUAAAAAGUAUGGGCCACCGUACUACUUUGCUACUACAAGUCGUGCAUAAUUGCCCAAAUUUGCAUAGAUUGUUCAUGAAAAAACACCUUUUUUCUGAAUAAAAAGAAAUCUAUGAGAUAGAAUUUUGAAAUAAAAUAUAAGAAGAUAGGUUUUAAAAUAUGCUUUAAAAUAAUAGUAAAAAUGGUGUCACCGACCUUAUUUUCUUUCCACGAGUAAAAACUGAAAAUUUCUCUGUCAUUCCUUAUAACAUUUUUACUAUUUGAGUUAUCUCCCAUUAAAUGGGUAAGUUGACAAUUUGAUUAAAAAGACACAAAUAUUUGGUAUUUGAUAAAUCAGUCUGAAUAAUGCAAUAAAUCACUUAUUUUUCUUUUCCCCAAUAAACAGUCUAACCCAUUAAUUGCAAAUCCGUCUCAAGAUUUGCAGACUCAAGCAAAGAACUAGACCUAUUGUGAACUGCUAUUUUACAAUCCAAGAGCGGUAUACAGUUAAUCUACCUUAAAAGAUAAUAUUAAUUUGCUCCUUUUUAAAAUUAUAUUUUGAUCUCAAAUUUAGUACAAUGCGUUUUAUACAGUUUUAUAUAUGUUUAUUAACAACAUAACUUCAGUUCACAUUAUAAAGUAUGUCUCAGGUCAUUAUUCACAUGUCAACAAAGUUACCACUAAAUCAUAUUCAUAUACAAUUCACAAUCAACAGUAGCAGGCAGCUAAAUUUAUUGGACCAACACCUUGUUGAAGAACAAUUUACGUGUUUUAAUAUGACUUUACUGUAUUAUAUAUAUUCAUUUAUCAAAUGUAAAAUUAGUAUAACAGUAUGCAGUGCAUUAACAAUGUAAUUCGUUAGCAAUAAAAAAAUUAGAGUAUUUCGUAUUUUCUUUGACAUUUCAUCAGUGAACAUCAAUUGGAUAUAUAGCUUUCAUAUUGCAUUCCCAUUUUGCUAUUCAUCGUUUAUCCACGAAUUCUUUAAUUUCACCGGAAAAAGCAAAUGAGACCGAACGUGGCACCAAUAUCUAUUUACUUUGUUUUCUAGUGUGAGUUUGACAGUGUAACAUAAAUGGCUAAUUUGACAUAAGACCUUUAAAAUAUGGGAUUGUGAUUUUUUUAUUUGAUUCAAUUGGACUAUAUAUACACAAAACAAUAUUCCAAAGAUCCGAUGAAAUAUUUAAAACAAAUUAUAGAAUUUAACAGAUAAUACUCAUAUAAAGAGUAUUUUUAAAAGCAGCGAGUAGUAGUUUGGUUUUUUUAAACUUGUGUAUUUUAUUCCGUCGAUGUUUUAUGAAUAAAGAAAAAAAAUAUAGUUUUAAACACACUAUUGAUUAACAUCGAUAAAUUAAAUAAAUCUGUAAUGUAGUGGGAAAAUGUUGUUAUUGACAUCGCUGUUUGUGAGUUACAUUUGAUUUUAUUUAGAACGAAUAUUUAUUUAGUAAGAAAUGACAGACACAUAUGAUGUAUAAGUAAUAAAAAACAAUAUCUUAAAUAUAUUAAAUUCUUUUUUGAAUAUCAUGCAUACCAUUUGAAAAUAGACAUUUCCAUCUAAUAACGUGUGCAAUAAAUGAAUUCAUUUUCAAAUUUUGGAUGUUCUAUAGAUAAGCCAAAAAAAUCUUUACUUAAACUUAUCAUCAUCAUACAUAUAAUACAUAAACUAUCUGAUGAUUAUUUGAAUGAACAAAUUGAACACUUAAAACUUAAGUAGUGAUAAAAAAAGACUGCAAAGUGUUGACCUUUUCAUCCAUGAUUGAAAUAAAUCAUUCUGCAUCUAUAUAAUUAUAUCAACUGUCUCUAUAGAAAUAUUAUAAAUGAAUGGUUUGACAUUAACUAGGUUAUUUGUCUAGUUCAGAUCUCAUAGACAAACAGUGUUUUAUCACAUAUACGGGGUGCAUAAUGAUUUUUUGAAUAUAUUAGAUGGAUUUUUCUCAUUAUUUGGUUUUGUAAUUUUACAUUGCAAAUAAUACUGUGACAUUGUAAUGUUGUUUGGUAUGGUAUUUUUAUGAAUGAAAUAUUUGACGAAUCAGUAACACUUUGAUGAAACAUUAAUUUUUAUUUUUAUUUUUAUUUCGAUUUAAGGUGGAUCAUUGGUAUAUAUUUCCUCAGAUAGAAUUUUCUUAUACUUUGUCAGAAUGUAGCUUUUUCCAUGCUUAUUUCAAAAAAAUAAAAAAAGUAUUACUCACCGUGCUACUUUGCAAGCUACAAGUCGUGCAAAUUGCCCAAAUUUGCAUAGAUUGUUCAUGAAAAAAAACACUUUUUUCUGAAUAAAAAGAAAUCUAUGAGAUAGAAUUUUGAAAUAAAAUAUGGGAAGAUAGGUUUAAAAAUGUGCUUUAAAAAAAAUAAAAAGUAAAAAUGGUGUCACCGACUUUGUUUUCUUUCUUCAAGUAAAUUUCUCUAUCAUUCCUUUAUAAUAAUUUUAUUAUUUCAGUUAUCUCCCAAUAAAUGGGUAGGUGACAAUUUUAUUAAAAAAACACAAAUAUUUGGUAACUGAUAAAUCAAUCUGAAUAGUGCAAUAAAUCACUUAUUUUUCUUUUCCCCAAUAAACAGUCUCACCCAUUAAUUGCAAAUCUGUCUCAAGAUUUGCAGAGUUAAGCAAAGAAUAAGACAUAUUGUGAACUGCUAUUUUACAACCCAAGAGCGGUAUACAGUUAAUUUUCCUUAAAAGAAAAUAUUAACUUGCUUCUUUUUAAAAUUAUAUUUUGAUCUCAAAUUCAGUACCAUGCGUUUUAUACAGUUUUAUAUAUGUUUAUCACAAAAUUAACUUCAGUUCACAUUAUAAAGUAUGUCUCAGGUCAUUAUUUACAUGUCAACAAAGUUACCACUAAAUCAUAUGCAUAUACAAUUCACAAUCAACAAUAGCAGGUAGCUAAUAUUUAUGGGACCAACACCUAGUGGAAAAAAAAAUACGUGUUUUAAUAUAACUUUACUGUAUUAUAUAUAUUCAUUUAUUAAAUGUAAAAUUAGUAGAACAGUAUGCAGUGCAUUUACAAUGUAAUUCGUUAGCAAUAAAAUGAUUAGAGUA